AUGUCAGAUCUCGCAACUCAGAAACCAAACCGAAGUGUUAGACGUCAAUUGACUAGUGAACAGAGCAAAAGGGAGCGCAAAGAGAAAAAGAGGCUCAUGAAGAACUCACCAAAUUUCGUUCGAUUCAAUUCCAAGAAAUAUCGCAAAAUAGUGCCCUACAACCCCAUCAAGGCUGCACUGGUUGAAAAGGACAAUGCCACCCCUAAAAAGAAGGAUAGUUUGUCAGAAAUGUUUGUGCCUGCCGCUGUUGUAACUGAUAAAGCUCCUGCUACUAUGGUUAUUGCCGCUGCUGUUAAGAUACCUGAAGAGGUUUCGGAAGUAAAUACAUCCCAAGAGGACGAGCGUAAGGAGCUGUCAGAAGAAGAGAACAAGAAGGAGGAAAAGUUCACUCAGCAGCAUCAAGAGCCACUAUUGCCUGAAUUGUCAUCAUCAACGCCUCUACCCCAAGAGGAGGCUUUAAAGGAGAUUUCUCAUGAAUCAGUUACCAAUGAGGAAGAACACAAUGUUUCUAGUUUUAGAGCAUCACACGAUAUAGUGUCAAUUAAAGAUAAAACAGAGCCUGCAUCGAUAAAUCAAAGUGAUGCGAGGGAAAGUUAUCAAGAUGAAACAGAGAAUGAGGCCAUCUCUACUCCCGUGAAUGCUCCCAGCGCCGACGAAGAUUCAGUUAACAAAUAUGAUAAAGCCGAAUUGACAACAACAGACGAUGAAACAGAUGUAGCUGAUACAAACAAGGAGAUCAAGGAGGAGACCCAGCAAAUCCAGCAGCGACAAGAGCUCAAAAAGAAGGAGGAGGAAGAGGAGGAGGAGAAGACAAUAUUACAAAAAGAUGCAACACCUGCGCCAUCUAUGACUACCUCUGCCUCUAUUUCAGAUAAGAUUUCUCCCUCCACAUCCACCUCCAGCAGUAAGCACAAAUCCACUUUGAUCUCACGACUUUUCAAACACAAAAACGGAAGUAAAAAGGAUGUCAAUGUGGCCCUGACUAGUAACAAGGACGCAUCUUAUGAAAAGAAGAAAAAGUUUAAAGCUUGGAAGAUUUGGAAAAAGUUGUAA